AAAAGUUGAGGAGUCUUGUCAAUAACAUUUUGCCCUCUGUAGUCCUUCUGUUCUUUACAGGGUAAAAUGCAUAGAUCCAUUGUUCCGGGUAAAUUGCCCAAACAAUAAAAUGAUAUUUGCCUUAAUGUUCCUAAAUGCAAUUUUGUUUUUAUUUGGUUAAAAUAAAUUGAUUUGUAAGCUCACGGCUCAGUUUUUCAGCAAGACCAAAGACAUUUAGCCCAGGACUACAUCUCCCGGUGCAGCUGCAUUGGUGCUACGCAAUACAGGUUCAGUGACGUUAUUACUGUGCGACCAGGCGUUUAUGCGACGCACACAGCAAUGGCGAGCGGCAAAAAGAGUGCUCUGCUCUCCUCUCUGGCAGACUAUGGGGACGAUUCAGAACCAGACUCAGACCCAGAAAUCGAGGAUGAGGCGGAGGUGCACAUUGGAGGUCUGGUGUACGGCUAUGGUGAUGAUGACCUGAACCGCACUGAGGAUGGAGAGGAGAAGGUGUCUAUAGAUGAAGACAGCAGAGAAAGCAACUCGGAGAUGGAAGAAUCUGACGAGGGGAGGGACGCAGAAGAUGUUGAGGUACUUGAACCCCACCUGAUUUCAGAAGCAGAAAAAAGGGACCCUAAUGAGCUAGUUGCUCUGUUCUCCGAGAAGGUGAGGAACAUGUCACCUGAUGACAUCAGGAUCCCCCCCGAGCCCCCAGGACGCUGCUCAGGCCAACUACAGGACAAGAUCCACAAGCUGUACGAGAGGAAGCUCCAUGGUGAUUUUGACACAAACAACCACAUACAGAAAAAGAAGGAAUUCAGAAACCCCAGCAUUUACGAGAAGCUCAUUCAGUUCUGUGGGAUUGAUGAACUAGGAACAAACUACCCAAAAGAUAUGUUCGAUCCUCAUGGCUGGUCAGAAGACUCGUACUAUGAAGGUCUUGCCAAAGCCCAGAAGGUGGAGAUGGAUAAACUGGAGAAAGCCAAGAAGGAGCGGACGAAGAUUGAGUUUGUCACUGGGACAAAGAAGGGCACCAACCCCUCCAGCACAGCAGCCUCCACCACAAGCAGCGCCGCCACCGCCGCCACAGCAGAAGCUCAGAAGAGAAAAAGCAAGUGGGAUUCUGCAAUCCCUGUGACCCUCGCCCAGCCCACCCUCAUCACCACGUCUGGAACCCUGCCUGCCGUCGUCUCCGUGACAACCACAGCGAGCGGCACCAAGACUACUGUCAUCUCUGCGGUGGGGACGAUCCUCAAAAAGUCAAAACAGUGAAUGCACAGAAUGAGCAGGAAAAUGACCUCUGGUGUUGUCCUAUGCUCAUUUCAUAUGUAAGGAGAGGACAGUGGAAGCGAUGGACACUCAUUGGAUGUUCAAAAAAGAUCUACAGAUGACCUCUGGUACAAAUGGACUUUUUCUAAAACUGCCUUUUUUCUGCUCCUGGGUCGUAUCUGCACUAUUACAUGCAUAGCUUUACUGAUUAUUAGGGGGUUGAUGGUGACAAUCCCAGCUGGUCACUAAAGCCAAAUUCUCAGUUUGUAGAAAUACUCCUCUGAAAAUCAGAUGCAUAAAAGUCCCACACAGACGAAACACUUACUGUAUGUCAUUCAAUUUUGUUUCGUUGGCAGCAGUUCUUAUGUCUGAAACAAUGAAGCAGAACAAGAGUAUGACAAUGGUUGAAUAAGGAAAAUGGUUCUGAAUAGACAUGUUAGAGAUAUCAGUUUAUUUUUCUAUGCAUAGCUCUGGUGCAGUACUCCGUGACUCCUGCAGCAGUUAUGUGUAGUAUCUUGAUGUGUUCAUCAUUUUUGUCAGCCUUUUUUUCUUCAUUGGUAUGUAAACAUUGCUACGGUAAGUUUUUUUACACUUGUACAUAUUGUAUUGAUCGUAAGGAAUAAAUGAAUCAGAUGUUUCCUUUUCA